UCUGGCUAUAAAGAUAAAGUACUUCUCACUCAAGCACACAUUCACUCGGAUGACAUUCAGUCCUUAAAGGAAACGACCCUGUCAACAGCAUGGUGUUCCGACUUUGUCUCUGUGUGGUCUUGGUGUGUGCUUGUGGAUAUGCUACCAAAUCCACUGACUACUGUAGGGUUCUGGUCAACUACGACACCUUUAAGACAUCCGUGGACAACUUUCUGGCUUCCAGGGAUGAAACCUGUGGGAACUCGGACGUGCGCAGUGUAUCCGGCUGUGGGGUGGUAUAUGGUCCAAGAGUGUUAUAUACUGGCACUCAGUCAACAACCAAAUCCGGGAAGACCUGCCAGCGGUGGGAUGCUCAGGAGCCACACACUCACGACAGAAACACAGACGCCAAGUUUGCUGUCCCAGGCUUUGACACACCCCAAACUGUAGCAGGAUCUGCUAACUACUGCCGUGACCCAGCACGUAACGGAUUCUUGUGGUGUUACACUACGAAUCCAGGUGCACGCUGGGAAAUGUGUGAUGUUCCUAUUUGUCAAAACUGAUUUCAGUACAAGUACGAUACUGACCCAAUGAAUCUCUUAGACUCUCAUACUAAAGGAAGUGGUAUUGUCUGCACAAGGUUCACUAUUUAUAACUGCGUCUCGCAACUAACCAAGUUUUGGUCACAUCAAUUAUUGGCUGAUGUGACAUCACGCAAUGGCGCCCGCCAUCGCGAUACGUUGACAAUCAGCUGAGUCACAUACUUUAGCCAUAUGAUAGCCAUAUUGGUCCACUCUCGCUACAAGUAUGUGAGAAACCUAAUCUGAUGCAAAAUACACAGAGCUUCAAACCUUCUUGGCUGCAACAUGCUACCUACCAGAACACUGUCGGGAGUUGCCGUCGGUGGUUUAUCGUACCCAGACAGCAUUGGUCACAAUAUCGAUCACUGUUACGGGUUUGACACUACAGCACCUAUACUCUUGGGCCUCACCAAAAUGGUAACCGUCUAAGACCUGCAUCACUUCGGGUUUUCCUCCCAUUAAGCUGACACCCAAAAUACUGUUGAAAGCAGUGCUACCACCAACUCCCUCUUUUCAAGGUGGGGGCACGGAUGGCCCAGUCGCCGAAGGCGCCGCGAUUCGUUGUGCAGAGUUGCGUCCCUUGGACACGCCAAAAAACCUAUGAUUGUGGGAUCGAAUCCUGGUUCGGCCCCGUGAUAUAAUUGUAAUACUGUUAAAAGCGGCGUUGAACCAAACUCACUCACUCACUCACUCACUCCCUCUUUUCAAGGUAAUGCUUACUUUACUGCACUAAAUGUACCAACAACCAAAGAAAAUAAAUCAAAUUGUCAGUUGGACCAAGA